AUGCCGAACCCGGGUGGCUACUCCCUCGUCCUCAACCCUACCAUUGUCGCACCUCGGUGCACGUGCAAGUUCUCCCGGGUUCUCAUCGACGGCAGCAGCAGCAUCAACAUCCUCUACCGUGAUGCCAUGACCCGGACGAUCUUCCACGGCAUCGUUCCCGGCCUCUCCUGCUUUCCGAUCGGCCGGAUCUGGCUCAAUGUCCUAUUCGGCACCAACGACCACUUCCGAUGCGAGCCGCUCUGGUUCGAGGCGGUGGACCUGUCCAGCGUGUACCAUGCGCUGCUGGGCCGGCCCGCGCUUGCCAAGUUCAUGGCGGCCCCUCACUACGCUUACGUGAAGAUGAAGCUGCCAGGUCCGAAGGGCCUCAUCACCAUCACUGGCGAUUACCGCAAGUCCCUAGAGUGCGCCCGAGACGGCGCCAAACUGGCCGAGUCACUGGUCAUAGCCGAGGAGCGGCGCCAGCUCGACCGGAUCGUCGCCCUAGCCAGCGAGAUCCCGGCCUAG